CACAGUGCAGGUGAGGGAUAGGUAUAUCUGGGCAGACAGAUCUUCACAACCCAGCUCUCUGCAUUUAUUCUGAUACAUAAUGUCCAUAGCUUACAACCCCAGCUUGCAAUGUCAACUACCUAUUAUCCUGGCCCUUUUCCAAGGUGGUUUGCUGGUUGUGUUUAUACUAUACGUGGACUAUGAUGACCAGACCAGCAGUCUGCCUCUUUCCAACUCAACUUUACCAAAGGAUAAUCAGCUGUAUGAGAUCUUCCCGUUCUUUAAAGACAUCAAUGUAAUGCUGUUUAUUGGACUGGGCCUUAUGCUCUCCUUCCUAAAGCUCUACAGUUUUGGAGGUGUUGCCUUUAACUUCUUAAUAGCCAACUUCUCUAUUCAGUGGUCUCUGGUCGUACAGGGUUUCUUUAACCACUAUGAAGAUGGGAGGAUCAAAUUGGGAUUGGAGAACGUACUGAAUGCGGAGUUUGCGGCAGUUACUGCAAUGAUUUCGGCAGGUGCCAUACUAGGAAGAGUCAGCCCUAUCCAACUUCUGAUACUGUGUCUACUGGAGAUACCGUUGUACGUAGUGAACGAUUGGCUUAUCCACAAAUAUUUCCACAUCAUCGAUGUAGGAGGUACAGUUGCCAUUCAUGUUUUUUCAUGCUACUUUGGUCUAGGUAUUUCCCGGAUUUUCUAUCACCCUGAGCUAAGAGUAGGUCACACGAAAGAGACCACGACACCCAACUCUGACUUGCUAUCUCUCGUUGGAACACUCUUUCUUUGGAUCUUCUGGCCCAGUUUCAACUCAGUCGUGGCCAAAGCAGGAAAUGCUCAGCAUCGAGCCGUACUCAAUACAUUCCUCGCCCUCAGUGCAAGUACUCUCACCACCUUUGCUAUGUCAAGUUUGUUGAGCAAAAAGGGACAGAUAAGCUUGGUGCAUCUACAAAAUGCGACCUUGGCUGGUGGAGUGGCCAUUGCAAUAUCUGCAGAUAUGAUAAUCACCCCAGGUGGAGCAUUGGGUUUGGGUUGCCUUGCCUCAAUAUCUUGCAUUUUGGGCUUCCAGUACUUAUCCCCAUUAAUGGCCAGGAGGCUUAAGGUACAAGAUCAAUGUGGUAUACACAACUUGCAUGGGCUCCCAGGAAUUAUCGGAACCUUGGGAAGUAUUAUAGCCGUAUUGUUCAGCCCUAUUGAUAUUUCAGACCUGAGUCUCAAUGAUGACCUAUAUUACACCAAUGGCUUGAAAGAAGGAAGUUCCGCCCUAGAGGCUCUGGGAAGCAAUGGAACCUGGAACUCCAGAGACCAAGCUAUGGGUCAGGCCGCAGCUCUUGGCGUUACAUUCGGAAUUUCCCUUUUGGGGGGUUAUAUGACAGGAUUGCUCUUGAAAAUCCCCUGUUUGGUCCACCCAUCAUACGAGUUUUACUUUGACGACCAACCAUACUUCCAAAUCAAAGAUAUCUCAGAGAACAAUUGGAAUUCAAAGGACAAACACGACAGAAAUUUGUUGAUGCCAUUAAAAGAAGUUUAGAUAAAUGUACCACAAUCUCCAAAAUUUAAAGAAUUUAUUCUAAAUGUUCACUUCUUAGAUAAUGCUUGCCAGAUCCACCAUGGUUUCAUGGAAACAUACGACUGGUUCAGAAUGAUGGGCAAUGCAUGAAAUGGGCUGCCUGGAGCAUGCAUUAUUCAUUUGCUACAAAAGUAAUAUGAACUUGUCAAGGUUUCCGUUAGGGAUCUCUCCUGCAUAUCAAUAACGCAUGCUGUAAGGUUCCAUUUUUCAUGAUCCAGAACUAAAGUAAACAUCUCCCUGUGUACAGACAUAAAAGUUAGACUAAUCUUCUUCCUGAUAAUUAUAUAGGUCAUUUAAAUAAGACAAAGUCUCUUGGGCUUCCGUCCAUUCAAAUUGCUCAGACAGCAGCUGAUCCUGUCCAUAGCUGUUGCACUUUUCACAGCUGAGUGUGAGUGAGACAAAAAGGGAGAGGUCGUAAAAUGCGAUGUUUAAUUUACAGAAAACAAUUUGCAGUUUUGUUACAGCAGGAGGAAUACAUAGAGAGGUGUGUUAGACUGAACUGAUAUGAUCAGGAUGCACAGCUAGAGAUCUUCUUUUGGGACUGAUAAAGUUUACAGUGUUUGAUCACAGACUGGAGCAUUUAACCCCUUAAGGACUCACCUUCUGAAUAAAAGGGGAUCAUGACGGAAUAUUUCAAUCAUGUGUCCUUAAGGGGGUAAAGAGCAGUUGGUGGUUUAUCCACUAAACAGUGAGUAGUUAACGAACAUUUUUUUUCCCAUGUAUAAAGAAUUGGGGGAGGAGAGGGAAUUCAAAUGGGUUUUGACGGAGAUUGGUUUUCCAAUUUGGUCUAUUUUCAUCUAGAACCACAACUUUAAAAUGUUGCAAUUCUGGUCUAAAUGUUGAAAUUCACUUUGUAUUCCUGGCAGUUUUCCCUUUAGUAAGUAGCCGAGAGUGAGUGAAACGCUCACUUUAGUUAUUAAACUGAAAGUGAAUUUCAAAUUUGAGGCCAAAACAGCUGACCUUGGGAAAAAUAUCAAACCAGGUAUGCAUCAAAUUCAGCUACUUUUGCCUUCAAUUAGAAAUUCACUUUGAACUCCUGACAAUUCUUACUUUAGUGACAAACUGAAGCAAGCCUCCCAACUCUGGCGUUCUGAGAAUCGAGACGCCAGUGGGAGGGUGGUAAGGGGGCGACCGGUAAUGCAAUUGCAUCACUGCCCAUGGAGGCAGACAAUCCCUAAACAGGAGCAGGUCCACCCAAGUUGAUAAUAGAUCAGAUUCACCCAGGCUGCCUGUCCAUCAUUUAAACCAGCGAAUUGGACGCAGACCCUGCUGGGAGCACUAUUUCAAUGCUCCCUGCAUGGUCCUAGUGUCUUCAACAUGGUGCAAACGCGUCAUAUGAUGUGCUUGUACUAUGCUUGUUGGGGACAGCUGGGAACUAAGGUGGGACAGGACUUGAAAAUCAGGACUGUCCCACCAAAAUCAAAAUGUGCCUAAUUGGACAUCUUACAAAGGGCACUCUAAGCAUCACAACCACUAUGGCACACAGUAUCUUUUCUGGCGUCAGGAGACCCUUAAUACCAUCAUUUUCAAAUGGCGCCAGAGAUCUCUUGGCACCAUAAGAAGUGAAGUGUGCUGUACUGGUUAUGGCGCACAGGAGCACUCCAUGCACCAUAACCCCCACUGCAUGCUGCCAUUUUAGAACAGUUAGACUUCUUACCUGAGGCCAGACGGGGGUGCAGGGCUUACCCAUUGGCUAAGAGUGAUCAGGUGAUAAUCUCAGUCAAUGAGCUAUAUCUCUGAACAUCAGGCCUGAGCUGCGUAAGCCAACAGAAGGUCCUGUUUAGGAACCUCUGGCUGAAGUAGUGCACGCGGGAACAUCGCUGGGCAAACCCCAGGUAAAAAGUCAAAACUGUUUUAAAAACAUGUAUGUGGCACUGCAGUGGUUAUGGUGCUCGGAGUGUUCCUAUGAGUGUUCCAAUAUUUCCAAGUUAAGUACUUUUGCAGCUAUUUUUGUGUAAGUUAUUACAAUUCCCCAGGCGUUUCUCCUGGUUUAAUAACUAAUCCCCCUGGUUCCCAGUAACAGAUGAACGUGUUGAUAAUCAGAUAUAUGUCUUUAACAACAAGCAUUCCAUUUGUAAUGACAGAUACACCUUGGUAUUUACGGAAAACUCAGUACGACCAGAACACAGACCUGUUUACCUGAUGAGAUCACACGUCAGCUCAGACCCCUAAACAGUUAUUUUCCAUUAUUUUCCUGACAGUUAAACAUUAACCUACAGCAGUGAUGUUUAUCUAAAGCAUUAUGAGAUAAUUUUGCAAUUUUUUAUGAUACUGCAGAUAAGGGAAUUAAUAAUAUAUAAAUAAAUAUAUCUGGAAAAACACUGAGACAAGGACACCCAUCCUGGACUGCACGCAACCCAAACUCAAUCAUUUGCACUAGGUCUUAUUGGAAAUAAAUAAAUUAUAUAUAAUAUAGAACAGCAAUUUAAUAUAAGGCCCGCUGAUCAGGAAUAUAAACAAAAUGUCAAUUUUACACAAUAUUGUUUUUUUUCUUAAAUUCGAUUCUCCUUUAUAGAAAUAUUGGGGGGAUAUAAAGUGUUAGAGAUUAUAUGGUAUCGUUUCCCUUGACAUAUUUUUAAAAUGUCAAGGUCCGAAAUGUUCUCAUAGAGACAGAAGCAGACUUUGUCAAACACAGUAAGUGUGCCAAACAUGGAUACGUAAAAAAGCUCUUUUUAAUUGUAUUUGCUAGGGACCUGAUGACAUCUCUGUGAAUGUAACUUUCUAAAAAUGCCCUCAGAUUGUAAAUAUGACCAAGUGUGUAUAUGCCAUAAUUUCCAAAUACAGUAAGAAUAAUUACACAAUCUGUACUAUUCAGAGUUGUUAUAAAAAUCCUUCCCAUUAUCCCUGUAGUCAGCACCCUUCCUUCGUGGUUCUUAGAAUUCAGCCAUGAAGUUUGACCUACAAAAGUUUAUGUUGAAGGUAUUUACAGUCCCUCUGCAGAGAAAUGUAUUUCUCGGUACGCUAAAAAAACGGUCCUGGAGCAAAAGAUAAUUGAGCCCCUUAUAGGCUAAAUGUAAUUUUGUUCUGGCAAAGUAAGUGGAAUGUUAGCAUAGGUAUGUAAGUUGCGAGAAUGAAUGGGUUAACUCUGAUAAACAAUUGUUCGUGGUUAUCUUUGUCCCGCACAGCCAAUAAAGCAUAGCUGCAUUUCGCCUUAAAA